UCUCUCUUCUCUUCUCUUUCCCGGCGAGGGACGAACUGUGUGACUCAAACCCUAAAAAAUCAAAAUUGAAUUUUUCGUGAUUUUGAUUUUGACUUUGGUCUUUGGUGUUUGUUUUUUUUUUUGGAAUUAUCUCCGCACUAAGUCAGUCUCUCGUUAUAUAAACCCCACUCGCAGUUUCGUCACUUCCUCUCUCUCUUUCUAACGCAACAGUGCUUUCUGUCGCCUUCAAUCGCGACUUUUUUUUGUCACUCUCUCUCUCUCUCUCUCUCUUUCUCUCUCUCUCUUUUUCUCUGAUUUUUUCUAUUAAAGUUAGGGUUUUGUUUAUAUAUUCUCGCUGACAUGAAUCAACAACAAAACCCAGAAGAAGUUUCUUUGGGUAAUAACAACGGUGGAGACAUCGAGACUCCAGCUUCUAAGGUGGAGGAAGAAGAAGACGAACAAUUAGUAGUAGAGCAGAAGCAGGAGGAGACUGUCUCUACGGAUCCAAUUGAGGAGAAAUCGUUGGAGAAACCAGCAGAAGCAGAGAAAGAAGACGAUAGUAGUAAUAAUAAUAACAUGGAGGUUGAUCCUGUGAGUCCAGCUAUUGUUUUCUGUGUUAAGCUUAAACAGCCCAAUUCCAAUUUGCUUCAUAAGAUGAGCGUUCCUGAAUUGUGCCGUAACUUCAGUGCUGUUGCUUGGUGUGGUAAAUUGAAUGCUAUAGCUUGUGCUUCCGAGACCUGUGCUAGGAUUCCAAGCUCGAAAGCAAAUCCACCUUUUUGGAUCCCAAUACACAUCAUGAUACCUGAACGCCCAACUGAGUGUGCUGUGUUUAAUGUUGUGGCAGACUCUCCUCGUGAUUCUGUCCAAUUUAUCGAAUGGUCUCCCACUUCUUGUCCUCGUGCGUUACUCAUUGCUAAUUUUCAUGGACGGAUAACUAUCUGGACGCAGCCUACUCAGGGUUCGGCUAAUCUAGUGCACGAUGCUACCUCCUGGCAGUGUGAGCAUGAAUGGCGUCAGGACAUUGCCGUUGUUACAAAGUGGCUGACGGGGGCUUCUCCAUAUAGGUGGUUGUCCUCCAAGCCAAGUUCUGGUACGAAUGCAAAGUCAACUUUCGAGGAGAAAUUUCUCUCGCAGAGCUCUGAAAGCUCAGCUCGGUGGCCCAACUUUCUCUGUGUAUGCUCUGUUUUCUCAUCCGGAUCUGUUCAACUUCAUUGGUCCCAGUGGCCUUCUAACCAGGGAGGCACUACACCAAAGUGGUUUAGUACAAAGAAAGGUCUUUUAGGGGCAGGACCUAGUGGAAUAAUGGCUGCUGAUGCUAUUAUAACGGACAGUGGUGCCAUGCAUGUAGCAGGAGUUCCAAUCGUAAACCCCUCAACAAUUGUAGUAUGGGAGGUGACCCCUGGCCCUGGAAAUGGACUUCAGGCAACUCCAAAAAUCUCUACAGGCAGUCGUGUGCCACCAUCCCUUAGUUCUUCUUCUUGGACAGGAUUUGCUCCUUUAGCUGCUUACUUGUUCAGCUGGCAAGAAUAUUUGAUAUCUGAGAUAAAGCAAGGGAAGAAGCAUACAAAUCAAGAUUCUAGUGAUGCUAUAUUGCUAAGUUGCUCACCGGUAUCCAAUUUUUCUGCUUAUGUAAGUCCAGAGGCUGCAGCUCAGUCUGCAGCAACCACAACAUGGGGAUCAGGAGUUACUGCUGUUGCUUUUGAUCCAACUCGUGGUGGAUCAGUGAUAGCAGUUGUUAUUGUUGAAGGGCAGUACAUGUCUCCGUAUGAUCCUGAUGAAGGUCCCUCAAUCACAGGCUGGAGAGUACAGCGCUGGGAAUCUAGUGUUCAACCUGUUGUACUGCAUCAGAUAUUUGGAAACCCAACUUCUAAUUUUGGUGGACAGGUCCCCACACAAACUGUCUGGGUAUCCAGAGUGGAUAUGAGCAUACCACCGACUCAAGAUUUUAAGAAUCAUCAAGUAGCUGCAGCAGGACCAAGUGUGGAUGCACAAAAGGAGCCUGAUUCUGGUGAUUACAAGGCUAACAAGGUUGUUUUUGAUCCUUUUGAUUUGCCAAGUGAUAUUCGUACGCUGGCGCGGAUUGUCUAUUCUGCUCAUGGUGGUGAAAUUGCGAUUGCUUUUCUUCGUGGUGGAGUUCAUAUCUUUUCUGGUCCAACAUUUUCACCCGUUGAAAACUAUCAAAUAAAUGUUGGAUCUGCAAUUGCUGCUCCCGCAUUUUCUCCAACAAGCUGUUGUUCGGCGUCUGUAUGGCAUGAUGCUGGUAAGGACUGCACAAUGUUGAAAAUCAUCCGUGUUCUUCCUCCUGCUCUUCCACGUAACCAAUCAAAGGUUGAUCAAUCUACAUGGGAGCGUGCAAUUGCUGAGAGAUUCUGGUGGAGUCUUUUGGUCGGAGUUGAUUGGUGGGAUGCAGUUGGCUGUACACAGAGUGCUGCAGAAGAUGGGAUAGUUUCACUGAACAGCGUGAUUGCUGUCAUGGAUGCUGAUUUCCACUCCCUUCCUUCAACGCAGCACAGACAACAAUAUGGACCUAACCUAGACAGGAUCAAAUGUCGGUUACUUGAAGGAACCAAUGCUCAAGAAGUUCGUGCGAUGGUUUUAGAUAUGCAAGCAAGGUUGUUGUUGGACAUGCUUGGCAAAGGAAUUGAAUCAGCUCUUGUGAACCCUUCGGCGUUGGUUUUUGAGCCAUGGCGAGCAGAUGGGGAGACAAUAUCAGGCAUCAAUCCUGAGGCAAUGGCUGUUGAUCCUGCUCUUGUUUUAAGUAUUCAGGCUUAUGUAGAUGCUGUUCUUGAUCUUGCUUCUCAUUUCAUUACACGUUUAAGGCGCUAUGCGAGUUUUUGUCGGACUCUUGCGAGCCAUGCUGCUUCUGCUGGAACUAGCAGUAAUCGCAACGUAGUUACCACUCCCACGCAAAAUGCAUCAUCUGCUGCAACAACUCAGGCAGGCCAACCUACUACGACUACCACAAACUCAAGCGGAAGCACACACAUGCAAGCUUGGAUGCAAGGUGCCAUAGCGAAAAUUAGUAGCUCGAAUGAUGGAGUACCAAACUCUACUCCAAAUCCAAUCAGUGGUUCAGCUACCUUCAUGCCAAUAAGCAUCAAUACAGGAACAUUUCCAGGAACGCCUGCUGUUCGACUCAUUGGGGACUGUCAUUUCCUUCAUCGGUUAUGCCAGCUGUUGCUCUUCUGUUAUUUCCAGCGGUUGUCACGAUUUCCCCAGCGAAAUGCUGAUGUUAGUUCACAAAAACUUCAAACGGGUGCUACCAGCAAGUCGGAAGAGGUCAACUCUGCUAAACCAACUCCGGCUGUGAACAGGAUAGAGGAAGCCCAGGGAUUCCGGGGCUCUCAGUUGGGUGCUGGAGUGAAAGGGAUUGACGAAAAUUCUGCUCGUACAACAAAGAUGGGUUCUGGGAAUGCCGGUCAAGGAUAUACUUUUGAGGAGGUGAGAGUUCUUUUCCAUAUACUAAUGGAUCUCUGCAAGCGAACAUCUGGUCUUGCGCAUCCCUUACCUGGCUCUCAGGUAGGUAGUGGAAACAUCCAAGUUCGACUGCAUUAUAUUGAUGGAAAUUACACUGUGUUGCCCGAGGUGGUAGAAGCAGCUCUUGGACCACAUAUGCAGAACAUGCCUCGCCCAAGAGGAGCUGAUGCUGCUGGUCUUCUACUUCGAGAAUUAGAGCUUCAUCCGCCUUCCGAAGAAUGGCAUAGGAGAAAUUUGUUUGGUGGUCCUGGAUCAGAGCCCGAGGAUAUGGUCCCAACCGACGAUGCUUCGAAGCUGAGUACCUUAGAUCUGCUUGAUACAAGCUUUUCCGGAGUAUCUGAGGGAUACAACAGAGUCCAUAGUCUUUGGCCAAGAAAACGCAGGAUGUCUGAAAGAGAUGCAGCUUUUGGUUCAAACACUUCUGUGGGUUUAGGUGCAUAUCUUGGAAUCAUGGGUUCUCGUAGGGAUGUUGUCACGGCGACAUGGAAAACUGGUCUUGAUGGAGUUUGGUACAAGUGUAUAAGAUGUCUAAGGCAGACAUCUGCAUUUGCUUCACCGGGUGCUUCGAAGCAGUCAAAUCCGAAUGAACGAGAAACCUGGUGGACCAGCCGUUGGGUUUACUGCUGCCCCAUGUGUGGUGGCACGUGGGUCCGUGUUGUAUAGACGGGCAAAUGAACUUCCCAUCCACUACGUAUACCGGUUUUGAUUGGAUAACCAGAAAUUCAGUAAAAGGAGCAAAGUGUGUGAGCCAAAUUCCCUAGGUUAAUAGUGAUUUAUUAGACUUUGAGUUACCUAAAGAGUUGACAUCUGUAAAAAAAAAGUAACUUGAGUCAAUAAUACAUUAUAAGAUAUUCAGUUUUUCUUCUA